AUGCCAAUGUAUGCUCUGGCCACAAUUCCACUUCUAAAGAGUGUGCAGACGAAUGGUACAAAGCAGGUAUGGUAUGCAGAUGAUGCAGCUGCUGGAGGCUCGCUAGACUGUCUACAUAAAUGGUGGAACAGGUUGGUUGACUUAGGUGCUAUGUUCGGGUAUCUUCCAAAUCCCAAAAAGUCAUGGUUGCUAGUGAAAUCAGGAAAUAUUGACAAAGCUACACAUCUCUUUGAAAAUACCAAUAUCAACAUUACUACAGAAGGACAAAAGUACCUUGGAGCUGCUAUUGGAAACAAAGAUUUCUGCAAUAAUUUCCUGCAAGAAAAGGUGACCAAUUGGAAGUUACAAGUAGAGCGACUCAGUUGCAUUGCCCAAACUCAACCACAAGCUGCUCACUCGAUAUUCACACGGGGUCUGAUUGGACGCUGGAAAUUUGCACUCAGAACCAAUGAAAACUUUGCAGAGUACCUUAAUCCUCUGGAGGAGGCGUUACGAUCCAAACUGAUUCCCGCCAUAACCAAUAGAAGUACUCCAGGAGACAAGAUGAGAAGGCUUUUUGCACUACCACCUCGACUAGGCGGCCUUGGAAUUGUAGAUCCACGUUCGUUGACUUGUGAGCUGGAAUACUCAAAGUUAAUUUGUGCGCCACUGGUCAACCGAAUUGUGCAACAAGAAACAAACCUGGAUAACGUUCCUACCAAGCAGAAUUCUAUGAAAGCUAGCAUUCGCCAGCAAAAACAUCUAGCACAAAAGUCUCAUUCUGAAAUCACUGUCAAUGAUCUAUCUGUGGAAUUGAAACGUUCAGUUGAAUUGGCCUGUGAGAAGGGUGCCUCCUGCUGGCUGACCGCAAUCCCACUAGAGCAACACGGAUUCACUUUGCACAAAUCUGCGUUUCGGGAUGCCCUGUGCCUCAGAUACGGUUGGCACCCGUCCAACCUCCCAGACAUAUGUCCAUGUGGAUCUAAAUUCUCAGUAGAUCACUCUCUGUCAUGUCCAACAGGAGGAUACCCCAGCAUCCGCCAUAACGAGGUCCGCGAUUUAUUUACCAACUUGUUGACAGAGGUUUGCCACGAUGUACACAAAGAGCCCGUUCUGCAACCUCUCAACGGCGAGGUGUUUCAAAAACGCUGUACUACCUCUGACGAAAAUGCCAGACUUGAUAUUGCUGUCAGUGGAUUUUGGGGUGGGCACUUCCAACGAACUUUCUUUGACGUCAGGGUCUUCAACCCUAAUGCCUCAUCCUACAAAUCAGUGCAGAUCCCGUCAUUAUAUAAACGGCAGGAACAAGAGAAGAAAAGGCGAUACGAGGAACGAAUUAAUAACGUGGAGCUUUCAUCGUUCACGCCAAUCAUUUUAGCAUGCACUGGAGGAUGCAGUAAACUGACGUCUAUUUUUUUGAAAAGACUAGCCUCACUUUUAUCGGAAAAGCACCACACCGAGUACAGCACAACUAUCAACUGGCUGAGAUGUCGACUGUCAUUUGCACUCCUUCGGGCCUGCGUGAUGUGUUUGCGAGGAUGCAGGUCCAAGCUUCACAGAACCUCAAGGGACUUCAACAUUCUGCUGGAAGCAGCAGAAAGUAGAUUAUAGAAGACUGUUUAUCUCAAAGUUGUUACAACCUAGAAACUUGUUGCUAUAGAGGAAGCUUUUACAUACAGUAGUAGUAUGUAGUAGUGUGUUAGCA